AUGGCGGGGCGUGGGCAGCGGCUCCAGCCCACGACUUUGGCUUCCAGGCUGUUGCAGGAGCACCGGAACUGUGGGCGGUGCCUGGAGAACCCGCCUUCCAAGUGUUUCAUGAAGCACAAGAGGAUGAAGGUCCCUGGCUCCAUGAUCAGCCAGCGCUGGGUGUUUGUGAGAGAGGGGCUGGAUGACUUCCGGAAAGACUGCCCCCCACACCGGAGCCCCAAGAGUGUCCUUCUGCCUCAUAUCCAUCCCAGACUUCCCCAAGCCACCCCCAAGAAGAGGCAGAAUGGACUGCCCAGGGGGGCAGCUCCGUGGUCCAAGGUUGCACAAGCAGGAGAGGCAUUCUUAGAGGACAUUGAAGAUAACGAGACCCUGCACCUCCUGGCUCUCUACCCCCAUUUGGGAGAAGCUCUGCCUGCUGAGCUCCUACUGCAGGUGCUGGAGGUACUCGACCCCGAGAAGAAGCUGGUGGACUUGUGGGCUUAUUGUCAGGGUACCAGGAAACUAUUGAAGGAACCCAGAAAGCUUGUAGAAAAAUGUUCUUCUCAAGUGUGCCUACCCAAGAAGAUGCCGGUGUCACAUUCAGGCCAAUGGCUUUGGGAAGAAAGGCUAAGCAAAGUGAAUUCCAUCUAUAAAGACAGCCUCCUCCAUGACAACGUACGCAGAGCAGUCCAAGACUUCUGUGACUGGGCCAAGGCUCUUGGAAGUUCGCCCAUUGAUGAAGAGUUAGUCCUGCAGCUGUUUGACAUUGACUAUCAGGCCAGACACAACUGUGAUGCACUUCAUGGGGGGAGGCUGAAUCAGGACAAACCCUUCAUCAGUGGUCAACCUCCCCUGAGAGAGCACAGUGGGUGCUGGAAGGAGCCCCAGUCCUCUGCAAGAGCAAAUCCUCAUAAGCCCAAAGGGGUGAAGAUGAGGUAUGGAGCCUGGUAUCUGAAGACAAACCUGUGGAAGAAACAAAGAGUAGAUGAACCCUUGGUCGAUCCCAAGAUCUCACACAAAGCUCAGGAUGCUAACUUUAAAAUGCAUCUUUGGGAGCAGGCGGAGCUGCUCCCAGGCCUGCAUGGAACUGCUGCUGCCUUUAAGAACUUCCUUCUGAGCAGGGGCUACAGGAUGCCCAGGUUCCUUGAGAAGAUAUAUGCCGAGGAGAGAGGUAAAUCUGAAAAUAUUAAUACUCCUAAAAAACUCACACCAACAGAGAGGAAUCCUGGGAGAAGAUGAGGCAACUUUUAUUGACUGCAUGCUUGGGUAUUGCUCCACUAUUUUAAUUAUUAAGUAGGAUAUGGUAAGUGUCCACUAUGGAAACUUCAACCAGGCAACAUCUAUAAAUAUAAAACCAGACACAAUGUUUCUAAAUGGCUUUCUAAAUGCUUUAAUGGAUCUUUGUAUUAUCUUUAGUUGUGUAUAGUUGGGUAUGUCUGCAUGUGGGUGUGUACACAUGACUGUAAUGGCCUCCAGUGGCCAAACGUGUUGAAUACCCUGGAGCUGUAGUUACAGACAAUCAUGAAGCACUAUGUGGGUGCUGGCCCUCUGGAAGAGCAGAGAUACUCUUAACCCCAAUCGAUCUUUCCGGCGUCCAUUAAUCAAUGUUUUGUUUGCUUGGGCUUUUGCUUGUUUGUUCUCAGAUUUGGCUUUCUUCAGGCAGAGUCUUGCUAUGUAGCCCAGGCUGACCUCUAGUUAGUCACCCUCCCCCACCCUCAUCCUCACCCCUACCUUAGCCUCUCAGAGACUAGGGUUACAGCUGUCCACCAGCAUACCUGACUUAGCAUUUUGUGUGCUACCAACUAUAGGAUCAGUAUUCAUGUAUAGUCUUCUCACAGUUUUGUGUUAUGAAAAUUACAUAAGUAUAAUAAUUCUUUAUAAAAUAAAAUCACAAGUAAAGGCAAAAAUCAAAUGACUUUGAAUGGG